CCCUGAUGGGUAUGCAGCUAAUCUGAGGAGGGGAGUGAACUUAUCUACUAUGCGAGUCUUAGGGAUGAAGAGUCAUGACUACCACAUAUGGAUUGAGCGGCUUCUUCCGGCGAUGGUUCGAGGCUAUGUCCCUGAGCAUGUCUGGCUAGUGCUGGCAGAGUUGAGCUAUUUCUUUCGCCAGCUUUGUGCCAAGGAGUUAUCUCGGACCGUGAUUGCUGACUUGGAAAGAAUGGCACCUGUGUUGCUCUGUAAGUUGGAGAAGAUCUUUCCACCCGGCUUCUUCAAUCCGAUGCAGCAUUUGAUUUUGCACCUCCCGUACGAGGCACGAAUGGGGGGGCCCGUGCAGGGCCGUUGGUGCUAUCCAAUCGAGAGAUGUCUAAAGGUUCUUCGAAAGAAAUGUAGAAAUAAAUGCAAAAUCGAGGCUUCCAUUGCAGAGGCAUACAUUCUGGAGGAGGUGGCGAACUUCACAACAACAUACUAUGGUGACAACCUCCCUAGCGUGCAUAAUCCACCCCCUCGUUACAAUGCUGGCGAAAAUGAAUCGAACCUCAGCCUUUUCCGAGGCCAACUCGGAAGCGCAAGUGCAUCGACCCCCAAGACCUUGAAUCAUGAAGAGUGGCGCCAUAUCAUGCUAUACGUGUUGACCAACCUUGACGAAGUGGCACCGUACAUGCAGUAAGUUCUCAACGAACUUGUUAAAUACGCCGUCACUAUUCUGCAUCCAACCCCCUUGUUUCUCGUUGGUACAGGGAAUUUCUUCAUGAAUUCUGGCGUCAAUCAAGGGAUCCUACCCCGCAGCAGGUAGAUACCCUUCUUAGACAGGGUGCGGGAAAUGGAAUGCCCGAUUUCAUUUCUUGGUUCAAACGGAAGGGCCAGAGGGAUGCGUCUAUGUGUGCCGAGUUGAGACAGGUUGCCGAUGGCUUUGCCUAUAGGGUCAGGUCAUUUUCUGGUUAUGACGUGAAUGGAUAUCGCUUUCGCACAACAAGCUACGAGCAGAGUCGGCCCAAUCGAAGAACCACAAGUUCCGGAGUUUUUACGCCCGGCGUUGAUGAGGUCGAGUAUUAUGGAAGAAUUGAAGAAAUAUACGAACUCAAGUUUCAUGGUUCCAAACCUUUUAAUCCCGUCAUAUUUAAAUGCCAUUGGUUUGAUCCUGAAGUAACGAGACGGACAUAUUGUAAUCUUGGGCUAGUCGAAAUUCGACAGGAUUCCGUCUUACCAGGAGACGAUGUCUAUAUUGUGGCCCAACAGGCCACGCAAGUUUAUUAUCUCCCAUAUGCGUGUCAAACCAUAAGGCAUCUUAAGGGUUGGGAUAUUGUGCACAGGGUAUCGCCACACGGUAAAGUGCCUGUCCCAAACGAUGAAGAUUACAACUUAGACCCAAACACAUAUGACGGAGAGUUCUUUCAAGAAGAGGGACUAGAAGGGAGGUUUGAGAUAGACUUAACCGAAGCGAUCGGAAUGGAAGUAGACAAUGAAACGGUUAUUGAAGAGGACGUUGGAGAUGAGGUGCAAAAUGUGAAGGACUUACAAAUGCUUGAGCGAUUACAUUUAGACAAUGACAAUGGCAACAUUGCUCAUUCGGAUAGUGUUGAUUAUUUCGACAUGAUUGAUAGUGAUGAUGAGACUUAUGAUCCAGCUAAUCCCGAUCAUGAAGAUUAUUUCUAAUACAUGUAAUACUAUGUUAUUUUGUAAUUACGUUUUGUUUAUUUUGCAUCUCUUUCUAAGUACUUCUUGUUUAUCUGUGCUUAUUGGUUUACUCUUUUUAAUUGCAGGUGAUUGAACAAAGAUGGUGGGCGGUGGGAUGAGGAAGCUAACGUCCUUGUACCGAAGGACAAGGAGGAGC